CCAUCUCGGCGACAGUGCCCUCCGCGACGACCCCUGCCUUGCUGGGGUCACGUUCGGGAGACAGGAUCAUGACUCGCUCGGUGGUCGCCUGGCUCUUGGUCGGGCUCAGCCUCUGUGCCCCCCAGUUCUGCAAAGGUGAUAUUUGCGAUCCCAAUCCAUGUGAAAACGGAGGUAUCUGUUUGUCAGGAUUGACCAAGGAUUCCUUUUCCUGCGAGUGUGCAGAUGGCUUCACAGAUCCCAACUGUUCUAGUGUUGUGGAGGUUGGUCCCUGCAUUCCUAAUCCAUGCCAUAAUGGAGGAACCUGUGAAAUAAGCGAAGCAUACCGAGGAGACACAUUCAUAGGCUAUGUUUGUAAAUGCCCUCGAGGAUUUAAUGGGGUUCAUUGUCAGCACAACAUAAAUGAAUGUGAAGCUCAGCCUUGCAAAAAUGGUGGCAUAUGUACAGAUCUCGUUGCUAACUAUUCCUGUGAAUGCCCAGGUGAAUUUAUGGGAAGAAAUUGUCAAUAUAAAUGCUCAGGCCCAUUGGGAAUUGAAGGUGGAAUCAUAUCAAAUCAGCAAAUCACAGCUUCAUCUACCCACCGAGCGCUUUUUGGACUCCAAAAAUGGUAUCCUUACUAUGCACGGCUUAAUAAAAAGGGGCUUAUCAAUGCCUGGACAGCUGCAGAAAAUGACAGAUGGCCAUGGAUUCAGAUAAAUUUACAAAGAAAGAUGCGUGUUACUGGUGUGAUUACCCAAGGAGCCAAGAGGAUUGGAAGCCCAGAAUAUAUAAAAUCAUACAAAAUCGCCUAUAGUAAUGAUGGGAAGACUUGGAUAAUGUACAAAGUGAAAGGCACCAAUGAAGACAUGGUUUUCCGUGGAAAUGUUGAUAACAACACCCCCUAUGCUAACUCUUUUACGCCACCCAUAAAAGCUCAGUAUGUAAGACUCCAUCCCCAAGUCUGUCGAAGGCACUGCACUUUAAGAAUGGAACUUCUUGGCUGUGAGCUAUCAGGCUGUUCUGAGCCUCUGGGGAUGAAAUCAGGACAUAUACAAGACUAUCAGAUUACUGCCUCCAGCAUCUUCAGGACUCUCAAUAUGGACAUGUUCACUUGGGAACCAAGGAAAGCUCGGCUGGACAAGCAAGGCAAAGUGAAUGCCUGGACUUCCGGACACAAUGACCAGUCACAAUGGUUACAGGUGGAUCUUCUUGUUCCUACCAAAGUGACCGGCAUCAUCACACAAGGAGCUAAAGAUUUUGGUCAUGUUCAGUUCGUAGGUUCCUACAAACUAGCUUACAGCAAUGAUGGAGAACACUGGACUGUGUAUCAGGAUGAAAAGCAAAGAAAAGAUAAGGUUUUCCAGGGCAACUUUGACAAUGACACCCACAGGAAAAACGUCAUCAACCCUCCCAUCUAUGCACGGCACAUAAGAAUCCUUCCUUGGUCCUGGUAUGGGAGGAUCACACUUCGGGCAGAGCUGCUGGGAUGCACAGAGGAGGAGUGAAGAGGCCUUGCAUCCCAAAACCCUUCUAUUUCCCCAAAAGUAUCUCCAUGUAAUGAACUGUGCAAAAUCUGUAGGAAAAUGAAUGGAGUUUUUUCAUGAAACAGUGCUCAGUUUAUGGUAGGCCACUUCUUUAAGGAUGUCUAAACCUGUCUUUUCAAUGCUUCGAUUUGAUUUUUUGUUGUUUAUAUUUCUUUAGUAACAUCACAUUAACUGUGAAUUACUUUUCUCAUUGUUUUCUGAGUGAUUCAUACUGGUUGAAAUAUAUUGGGGAAAGAAAGUAACAUUCUUUUUAUGGCAAGGGUGAAGAGAAAUCUCAUUAAAUAACAAGAGUUGAUAGAGCUUUCACAAUCAGUACUCGACCAAUUCUUAUAAAAGGAAUACUGCAAUGUUAGCAAUAAGUGUUUUUUUCUUCUUUAAUGACUCUACAUUACUCUAAUUGUUUCCCUGUGCCUACCAAACACUGUCAGUGUUUAUGACAGACUUCUGAAGAAGAAUCUGUAAUAUGCA